AUAAGAAUACAGGAUAUGGUAUAUCACAAAUUGAUUUUAAAAAUUCAAUUUAAAAACUGAAAAAGAUCUAAAAUAUCUUCUGUAGCAUGAGAGGAUACAUUUUGAUUUAUACAUUUAUAAUUUAUCAUUUUUAAUCCUAAAAUGGUUCGUGUUAUAACAGCCUACAAUUUUGAAGGCCAAAAAGUAGAUACAUGUACAGAUCCUGUUGCUUUUACUUCAGCUCCUUUUAAUCGAUUAUUAAUAGCUUUACCAUAUAAUGCUAUUGAAGUAAAAGACUUUUCUGACAAUCCCAGCCCAUCUUAUACAAUUCCAACAGUUGACCAAGCUCUUGAAUUAGCUUAUUGUACUGCUGGAAAUUAUAUUAUUACAUUGGAAACAAAACCUAAAAGAACUGGACAAGAUGGUCAAUAUAUAAGAGUUUAUUGUAAUUGGGAACAAUGUUGUUUGGGUACUCCAGCAUUAAGGGCAAGAAUAGCUGGUCGAGUUACUCCUACAGGAACUCAAAUUAAAGACAAUGCAUUGGAUAUGAUUGAACUACCUCUGAUGCAACCUAAAAUAAAUACAUUCAAAUGUUGUCAGGAAACUGGUAACAUAGCUGUUGCCUAUGGUACAACACUUAAUAUUUUUAGAAUGGUAAUAAAGACACAUGAUGUGUCAAGAUUGAAGUUCCUAGAUUUUGAUAUUUGGACCAUGGCAGUAGAUCUAUCAUUUAAUGUCUGUGAUGUUCAAAUAGAACAAGAUAUACUAGCUGUUGUUGGAGAUCGUAGAGUUCAGAUUUUUCGUAUUCAAAAAGCCAGUGUAAAAUUAAAAAAUUGGAAAAGUGCUAGUACUAAUUUUAUUCAUUCUAUUAGUCAAGAAAACGAGCAUUCAAACAAACAGAAUUCUGGUCCUAUAGAUUUAAAUCAUUUGAUAAAAUUUAAAGAUGAUAGUUAUUUGCAACAUUGUUUAAAUCCUAAGUGUUUUCCCAUUAUGACAUUAACUCCUACUUUUGGGGAAAGUGCUCUAGUAAUACAAGAGGAAAAUGCUCCAUUUAACAUUGUAAACUUACCCAUUACUAUUAUUGAAACGGAAGCAAGUGAACCAUGGGCUGAUCCAACUAGUUGGACUAUAGAAGUAAUAUUACAACUAGAAUUAGAUGUAAGCCGAUGUCAUAGUACAGAUGAACAUAUAAAGAAAUUAUUAUUACAAUUAAUCUAUGAACAGCAUGAAAAAAGCGAUACAUCAGAUUGGAGUUAUUCGAGAUUUCGUUCAUCAUCUUACAAUAAAUUAAAAUGUGUGAAUUGUUUAAUAAGUUUGAACGAAGAGGCAUUUGUCUAUCAUUCAAUCGUUGAACACGAUCAAUCUGAAAUAAAGAUAGCUCCAUUAAAGUGCAUUACUGUUUACAAUUUUACAUCACCAGUAAUUAACAUAUGUAUGGACAGUUGUGUGUUACAUGUAUUGACUACAUCUAGCUUGGAGACUUAUACAAUACGCUUAUUUCCAUCCUCUAGUCCUGAUCAGUCAUUCAUUUUAUCUGAACGUGUAACAUUGAUUGGUCAUAAACCAUUUUUGGGAAUUGUUGAUAUGGUGCUAUUAGAAAAUAAUCUAGUAAUUUUUACUUCAGCCAACUUAAAUAACGAAAAAAAAAUGAAUAAUAGUUGGACAAUGUAUACCUUAAUGUUACCAUCUCCUAACAGUAUUUGUAAAUCACUGACUUUUAAAGCUAAAAUUGCAAAAUUCAAAACUCCAAAAAAAUAUAUUCAUUUAAUGAAAGAAGCUUUAAAUUUAACAGACAUUGUACAACAUUAUACUUAUUAUGGCUGUGGAUCAGCACAAAUGGAUAGCAAAAACUUCAAAAAAUUUUGUUGUCUUGUUGCUGACUAUUAUUUUUUGUUUGAAAAAUCUGGAUGGGAUUUUUCCUAUAAAUUAUAUGAAAAUGCAGAAUUACUUCCAAUAGAUGUUUUUGUACGUAUGAAACAAGUUGAAGAUUUGUAUGGACGAAUGAAAAAACCUGUUAACACAAAACCACCUAUCAAGUAUUACAUUAAUCGUUGGACAAGAGAUCAUGGUGAUCUAAUAGAUUUAAAAACUUUAGUAUAUGGUAUUAAAAUGGCAGAGAAAAGUUCUGAUUUAUUGUUUAUUGCUGAUCUAGUCUUAUCAUUAGAAGCUGUUAGAAAAUUACCGCUUGGUCUUGUUAUUAAACAUUUAAAAAGAAAUUUAGAAUUAAGUUAUGAAAGCAGAGGAGCUCUAAAUUUUACACUACUUUAUAUCUAUUCAAUUUCAAGUUUUGACACUAAAAAUAUAAUAGAACCAUACAAUGAAGCUGACGAAAUGUCUAAUAAGUCAUUUGUGCAUUUUUGUGUAACUUAUGCCAAUUUACUUUUUGAACAAGACUUAUCAUUUUCAGACUUUUGUCUUGUGUUAAUGCAAGAAACUCCCAUUUUAAUUGCUGAGGGUCUUUCAGAAAUAGUUUCUUCUAGUCAAUCUAUAAAAUUAAGAAAAGUUAUCCAAGCAUUUCAAAUGUAUAUUGGAUCUCAUAUAUACAACAUGAAUGUAACUGAAGUGUUUAAGAGGUUUCUUGAGUUACACUUUUCAAGUGCAUAUAAUGUAGAAAAAAAACCGGAACUAAACAAAAAAUAUGUUUGUGAUGCUAUAAAGAUUUUAUUUCGGCAAUAUUUAUCAGACCUCACAAAACCAACAGCAGAAAAUGAUAAAAACAUUGAUAAUAAAAAUUGGAAAAAUUUAUUUCAUUCCCAAAUACCUGGUUAUAUUCAAAUGUUGCCUUAUCAUAGUAACAAUAAUGAAAAUUUAACUAAACUUCAAAGUUUAUUUUAUACAAAUUGGUUAUCCAAAGAUUUUGUAGAUGACAUAAAACAAGUUUUUCCAAUGUUAAAUAAACCUCCACUAUGCCUAGAAAUUAUGACUGCACCAAAUGUUAUAAAAACUAUCGAAAUAUUUAUAGAAAAAUGUCCUCAAGCAGUCCUCAAAUAUUCUAUAGAUUGUAUCAAAACUGUUUUUGACUGGAAAUAUGUUAUUGAUUCGUUAGAAAAGAAAUCAAAAUCAGAAAUAGAAAAUCAAACUAUGUAUCAUGACAUUUUACAUGAUGUGUUAGAAUAUUUAUCCCAUAAUAUGUCAGUCGAAGAUUUCUGUAAUAUUUUGCCAAUAAGUACAAAUGAGAAUGCUAUAAGUGAUGAUGAAUAUAAACUAUAUGUGAUAAGAUGUCAAAAAAUAAACCAAGCAAAUCAAAUAAAAUCAAUGGUUAUGGCUACAGGACAGCAGCUUUUAGGAUCACUUCAUUUAAAAUAAUUUUAAAUACAAUAAUAUUGUAUUGUUUAACAACAGUACAAAAUUAUAGUAUUUAACAUUUAUACAACUAUAAAUAUUUAUUUUUACAUCAUUUUAAUAUUCUUUUUUAAUUGUAUCAAAAAUAAUAUACCAAUAAAAAAAAAUGAGUUUACUGUUGAGCUUA